AUGCCUGUUGUCACACCUGAAAAGCUUGCAGGCCUGCAACAGCAGUCUGAAGAUAUUCGCAAUAUAUGCAUCCUAGCCCAUGUUGAUCAUGGCAAAACUUCUCUCACAGACGCCCUCUUGGCGACAAACGGCAUCAUCUCACCAAAGCUUGCCGGUAAAAUUAGAUACCUGGAUUCCAGACCCGAUGAGCAGUCAAGAGGCAUCACUAUGGAAUCUUCCGCCAUUUCGUUAUACUUUUCCAUGCUCCGGAGAUCAGCGCCAGACGCUACACCGGAGCCCAAAGAAUACCUCAUCAACCUCAUCGACUCUCCUGGCCACAUCGACUUCAGCAGUGAAGUAUCCACAGCAUCGCGCCUUUGCGACGGCGCAGUCAUUCUUGUUGACGCAGUAGAGGGAGUUUGCAGUCAGACAGUCACUGUUCUCCGCCAAGCAUGGAUGGAAAAGCUGAAGCCGCUUCUGGUCAUAAACAAGAUGGACCGAUUAGUGACCGAGCUAAAAAUGACGCCAAACGAGGCUUUUCUUCAUCUCAACAAACUCUUGGAGCAGGUAAAUGCGGUUCUCGGUAGCUUCUUCCAGGGUGAACGAAUGGAGGAGGAUCUCAACUGGAGAGAAAAGAUGGAAGAGCGUGUUAACGCUGCCGCUGCCGCCAAAGCUUCCAACAAUGACGACAACACCGACUCUAUCGAUCUGGAGUUUGAAGAAAAGGACGAUGAGGACAUUUACUUUGCGCCAGAGAAGAACAACGUCAUUUUCAGCACAGCUACAGACGGUUGGGCGUUUACCUGUCGCCAGUUUGCCAGUCUCUACGAAAACAAGCUCGGCAUCAAGCGUGGUACUCUUGAAAAGGUUCUCUGGGGAAAUUUCUAUUUGGAUCCCAAGACGAAAAAGAUACUGGGACCAAAGCAUCUCAAAGGCCGCAACCUCAAGCCCAUGUUUGUACAGCUGGUUCUCGAGCCUGUCUGGACCGUGUAUCAGGCUACUACUGGCGGUGACCAUGGCAAAGGCGACCCAUCACUUUUAGAAAAGGUCAUCAAGUCUCUCAACAUCAGCAUCCCACCGCACGUCCUCAGAGCUCGCGACCCUCGACUUCUUCUUACGACUGUCUUUGCCUCUUGGUUACCACUUUCCACCGCACUUUUAGUUUCCGUCAUUGAAUCGUUACCGUCACCGCCCACCGCGCAACGAGAACGUAUUCCUGCGGUCUUGGACAGCUCCCCGGGCGCCGCAAGCAUCGAUCCCACGAUUCGCGAUGCAAUGACGACAUUCAAGCACGGAAAGUCCGACCCUGUAGUGGCAUACGUCAGCAAAAUGGUUUCAAUGCCCGAGAGCGAGCUUCCCGAGAACAAGCGCAAGCCUGGACAGAUGACCGGUGAGGAGGCGCGAGACCUGGCGAGAAAGAAGCGAGCCGAAGCCGCACGAGCCCAGGCCGCUUUGGAAGCAAACGGAAGCGGACUUGAUUCUCUGACCCGGGCGCUUGGAGACGCCAGUCUCGACGAACACGCGCCUGAUGCCGAGGAGAGGGAAAAUGAUCCCGAGCACCUCAUUGGAUUCGCCCGGAUCUACUCGGGUACCAUCUCUGUCGGCGACAAGCUAUUUGUUGUGCCACCAAAGUGGUCCCCGGCUGAGCCCAACGUCGAGCCGAAGCCUCAAGAAAUCGAAGUCAAGGGCUUGUACAUGCUCAUGGGCAGAAGCUUGGAGGCUCUGACAUCUGUUCCUGCCGGCGUGGUCUUUGGCAUCGCUGGUCUUGAAGGCAAGAUACUCAAAUCUGGAACUCUUUGCAGCAAGCUUGAUGGCGCGGUCAACCUUGCUGGCGUCAGUAUGGCUGGCCAGCCCAUUGUGCGUGUGGCUUUGGAACCCGUCAACCCCGGCGACCUGGACAAGAUGAUUGAGGGCCUGCGCCUGCUCGUCCAGAGUGACCCGUGUGCCGAAUAUGAACAGUUUGACAGCGGAGAGCACGUCCUUCUUACUGCCGGCGAACUUCACCUCGAGCGCUGCUUGACAGAUCUGAAGGAACGCUUCGCACGCUGCGAGAUUCAAGCCGGCGCCCCCAUCGUACCGUAUCGGGAGACUAUUGUUCGCGCGGACGAGAUGAAGCCGCCUGUGAACAAGGAGCUCGGUCGCGGUGUCGUCGUGACGGAUACCAGCUCCAAGCAGGUCACCUUGUCCAUUCGCGUGCGCCCUCUGCCUGAAAACGUCACUGAUUUCCUCAAGAAGAAUGGCGACUCGAUCAAGAAGGUGUACAAUGAGCGUUGGCAACUGAAUACUGGAGAUGACGUUGAGAGCACUGCAGAAUCCAUCGCCGUUGACCCCACCAUCACGUCACACACGUUGUUGUCUGCGGAUGAACUCAAGAAGCAGCUCCAAAACGAACUAGAAACAGGCAAGGGACGCGAUGUCUGGAGGAAUGUCGUCGAUCGCAUUGCUGGAUUCGGGCCUAGACGGACGGGUCCCAACUUGCUUAUUGACGCUACCAAGGAUAGUGUCUUGCCUCGCGUAUUUGCGCCGGUAGACUCCAAAGACGCGCCUCCAGCUGUCGACGAAGCCUCGCUACCUAGCCACUUGGCCGACAAAAUUACCUACGCGUACCAACUCUUCCUUGCGCAGGGGCCGCUCUGCAGCGAGCCCAUCCAGGGUGUUGCCGUCAUUGUGGAGGACGUCACCCUGAACCUUGCCCAAGACGACACGCCGGCGCGGGACAAGCUGGGCCGCCUCACGGGCGAAGUCAUCAAAGCCUUCCAGUCCGGCGUGCGCGUCGGUUUCCUGGACUGGUCGCCGCGGCUCCUGCUGGCCAUGUACAGUGUGGAGAUCCAGGCGUCGACGGACGUGCUGGGCCGUGUGUACGACGUGCUCACCCGACGCCGCGGCCGCGUCGUCUCGGAGACGAUGAAGGAGGGCACCCCCUUCUUCACCAUCCAGGCGCUGCUGCCCGUCGCCGAGAGCUUUGGCCUGGCCGACGAGAUGCGCAAGCGCACCAGCGGCGCCGCGCAGCCGCAGCUCAUCUUUGCCGGCUUUGAGAUCCUCGACGAGGACCCGUUCUGGGUGCCCUUUACCGACGACGACCUCGAGGACCUGGGCGAGCUGGCGGACAAGGAAAACGUGGCCAAGCGCUACAUGGAUGCCGUGCGCAGGAAAAAGGGUCUGCUGGUCGAGGGACGCAACGUGGCGACGGAUGCAGAGAAGCAAAAGACGCUCAAGAGAUAG